UCCUCCUGAUUCAUGUGAUUUACUGGACUCACACCAAGCUCGUCCCUAGUGCUUACUUUAUUUCCAAACUCGUUUUCAAUAGGAAGCAGGAAGUGGAGACGAGGUACCGGUACUGGGAUUCAGAUGUUUACAUGGACCAACAGUAAAAAUGAGCACAUCAAAAGCAUUACAGCUAUCAAAAAAAGGUGGUCUUGUGUAUGACAGUGGCUGGUACAGAGAUGGGCUAGUGCAUGAAACCAUUGUGAAUUGUACCUCUCCACCAAAGAUUCCAGCUACACUUAGUCUUUCAGUGCUUCACAAACUCAGUCACACCUCCGAUACAAAUGAUACAUGGAGUCCAGCUGGCAUUUCUAGCUUUGUAUCAGAGGAAGGCAACUUACCAAGUGAUGCAUCAACUUCAUCUUUACCAAGAGAAGAAGUUAUUUUGAGUGAAAUUAAAUUAGAUGAUAUCCAAGCAACGUUAGCCUCUGUUCAGACUGGCAAGUCCGAGGUAUCAAUUCAAGAAUGUAAACAACAGUGGGAUAAACUAUCCAAGGAAAGAACAGAUAAGCAUCGACAUGAGAUAAAAGAGCACUCUGACCAUCUUCAAGUUCAAGCAGUCAGAAGCUCUUGUCUGCUUACUGAGCAACAAGAUGAGAAGACGCGCUUAUUGUUGCAGAAUAUGCAGCAUGUUCGACAUGAGAAUGACCAAAUGAGAAAACAACGCCUGCAACACCAGCGAGAUCGCUACAAUUUGCAUGUCAAGAGAAUGGAGAUGAAGCUAAAGAAUGCGUAUCAGAAAGAAGCUGAGGCUGAAAUCGAGGCUGAGCAUAACAGAAGAGUGGCUGAAAGACAAACCUACCUGGAUAGCAUGAUGAAUGUCCAUAAACAAAUUGAUGAAUCUUCCAAGAAAAUUUGUCUUCAGUUGAACAAGUUCAAACACAAAGAAUUUCUCCAUCCUGAUGCAGAGCAGAUCAAGAAAAGUGUUGAGCAAUUGGCACAGAAAGCUGAGCACCUUUUGGCUGAUGCAAAGCAGAAAGGGGCAUCAAUGGAUCUAGUGGAAAGCAUGCAUAAAAUUAUUGAGUCCCUUAUGAUUCGGCAAGAACAUGCCUCCAAUAUGGUUGCCGAAGCUGAACGAUUGGCUCAAGAUGAUAUGGCAAGGAAAGUACGGGAGGCUCAACAUCAAGCAGCAGCAGCUGCAGCAGCAGCUGCAGCAGCAACACAGACGACAACAAAGCCAAGAGCAGCCCAAUUACCUCUUGCGUCACUCCAGAACAAUGACAAUUCAGUUCUGCAUAAAGCAAUCUCGGCUGAUACAUUGAAAGAAUACGAGGCACUUCAAAAUAAACACAAUGCAGUGAUGGACUGCUGUCAAAAACUUGCUACAACAACUGACACUCAGUUGAAGAAGUAUCGGUUCGACCUGCAAAAAGCUGUCAAUAUUCCAGUCAAUGCGAUCUCCAAUCAGUCUGGUACACAUCUAAUGGACAAGUUGCAACGACUGAAAUCACUACUUCUAGGAGAAAUGGUCAACAUUUCUGGAAGAAGGGUGUCUGUUACUCGGGAUGAAGCAAGCAAGGCCUUUGUUAAAAAUCUCUUGGCCAAGAAAAUAGUGAAACAAAGUGAUGAACAGGUGUCGUCUAACUAUGAGUCAGCUUUUCCAUUUGCAGCUAUUGCUGUUACACUGUGGUGUGAUUUUCCUGAUUUAGGAGAUCUUAUGUUGGCACAUUUCUACCUCAAGUGUCCGUUCCUAGUACCCUACCAUAUCACCAAGAGCCAAGAGCAGUCUAACCAGGACUAUUACAAGUCACUAGGUUAUAAUUAUGAAAGUGACGGGACUAUUGAGAAGCAAGACAAAUAUUUGAGGAGGAUGUCUGGCUUCAUGCGUCUGUAUGCAGCAAUUAUGAUCACACAGCCAAUGCCAAAUGCAAGAAAGGUCCAUCCCUAUGGAAUAGAUCAUGCAUGGAAAUGGCUAGCCAGAUUACUCAAUGUUGAACCACAACCAGAUAUCACUGCAACAAUGCUCUUUGACUUCUUAGAGGUGUGUGGUCAUGAUUUAGCUGCAUCAUAUCACAGACAGUUCUUCAAGCUCCUACAAGUACUUUACAGGAACUACUUCCCAAAAAUCGAGAGUGUGACACCAAAAGGAUCUGGGGGACCUGUCAUGAGACUCAAGACAUUCCUUGAGAUGGUCACCAAGACGCAGAGGAUAGCACCUCCUAAGGGAACACUGCAAGCUGAUUUCUGGAGGACAUGACAGUUAUCUGGCAAUUUUCACCAAGUUACUCCCGUUAUAUUUUGAAUUAAGUUAGCAAUACGUGUUUUUUAUGGGCUGUUAUGCGAGUUUUUAAGUGAACUGGAUCUAGAUACUGACUACUCCGGUGACCAUCACCAUACAGGCAAAUGUCCCAUUUGUCUUUGAUGUAUUAUUUAUAAACUUUAUAAAGGGCUCGGUUGGGAUUGGAAUCAUUUGCCUGGCUAUCAAGUCAUCAUGGCAAAGGCAAAUGAUUCCAAUCCCAUACCACAUCAGCCUAUUUUUUUCAAUAUGCAAGAUUUUAAACAACUAAUACAUUUAACACAGCUUUGAAAUAGGUAAAGGCAAGGAACUUGGUCACACAGUGUCUAAAUAUGUUGUUGUGAUCAGUUGACCAUUGUGCAGUGAGGCGUGAUGGAAAUCAAAUGCAACUCAUAGGGGUUUAGGCCAUUAUCUGCCAAUCAAACAUGUUGAAAAUUGACUUCAUGGUUUUGUAGAACAUAAUCGGGAGACAUACUUUUUUGGGGACAUACUGUAUUUUGCUUAGUGUUGAUGCCAACGUCAAAAAAGAUUUCUGGAUAUACACACUUACAGAAUGAAAAACUGCAGUUUGAAACCAAGCAUGUGGAAAUGCGUUUAAAGUCUGUAUAAGUAGUUUGUGCACUACAUUAUCAAGUGAGGUCAAUGAUGCAGCAAAGUACGAGUGCAAACAUUAAUAACUCUGUACCCUAAGUCAGUGCAAUUAUAUUUUUGUGCAAUUUUCGGACGAAUCGAGUCAAGUCAAGUCUUCUUCUGAUGAGUUAUGAGUUAUGUGCUCACAGUGACUCGAGUUGAUUUGAGUCAGUUACCCGUUAGCUCUCAAGUCAAGUCACCAAAAAUUGUGACUUGAGUCAAGCCAUUGACAUCCCCUCCCCCCUUUUUAAAGUAGGGUGAUACAUGUCAGUGAUGUACAAUGUAGGUCUCGAGGCAGGUCUCGGUAUCGAGACCAGUCUCGAGACCUACGAAAAUAGGUCUCGACAAUUUCAAGGUCUCGACUCAAAGAACUCGGUCUUUGCCUCGAUCUCGGAGCAAAGUCUCAAGAUCUUGUGGGGUCUCGAGUAUACGAGACCUUAUUGUUCAGUUGGGGGAAAACCACCACACACACAAAAAAGAAAUUUAUGUGAUCUGACAUAUCCAACUUACUUUCAAAAGUUUUGAUAGACAGUGGUAUCGAUUUCGAGGAAUAAAAUCAAAUAGUCUGGUACCCACAUGUUACUGCAUUUCUAGUAAUGCAAACUCCCUUGCAUUACUUCGGUACACUGCUCUGUACCGCAUGCGCUAGAUGCGUGCGUACGUACUACUGCAUCGAGUUGAUCAAGAGCGGUGCAACCAUGUCGGCACACUCUGCAGUGACACUUUGGUUUCAAAGACCACACUGAAUUUCCCAACUGGAAGGCAAACAAUAUGAAGCACUCUGCGAUCUGCAGAUAUUGCAAGAUUAAGCUCACACAGGCUGGCACAAGUUCGGCUUUUAACGUAAUUUACGAGGCACCUCAGCCGACUUCAUUAGUAAAAUCUAAGUCGCUUCGGCUAGGCCAAUGACAUGUCGCGUUGACAUGUCGCAUCCUGCUGCACGAAUGUGGACACGACGGAGUAGGACUAGGGACUAGGAGGCCAACAUUCUUUUGUUUUGAUAAUGGAUACCAACUUUACCAAAGUAUGAAAAUGCCAAGCAUGAAUUGUUCAGAUAAUCAUUGUUCAGAUAAUGUUUAUUUUCAUGGCUAUUUAAUUUUCAAUUUGUAAUGCCUGUGGAAACAGCCUAACUUUAAUAGGCCUAAAAUAAAAAUACAAAAUAAAUUUUGAGAAAUGUAAAUUA